AUGCAGGGAUUUGUGCUACUCUAUCUGGCGACCUGCGUCGUCGGUCACGGCCAUAUUUCCAACAUUGUAAUCAAUGGUGUCUCCUAUGAAGGAUGGGAUAUCAAUGUAUUCCCUUACGAGUCUGAUCCUCCCACAGUUGUGGCAUGGGGAACUCCGAACACCGGUAACGGGUUCAUCACUCCAGAGAACUAUGGAACCUCUGAUAUCAUAUGCCAUCUCAAUGCAACCAAUGCCAAGGGACAUGCAGCAGUCGCCGCUGGCGAUAAAAUUAAUCUUCAAUGGACGACCUGGCCUGAUUCCCAUCAUGGGCCUGUUAUCACAUAUCUUGCCGAUUGUGGAGAUUCAUGUGAAACCGUUGACAAAACGACAUUGGAGUUCUUCAAAAUCAGUGGUGUUGGUCUUGUGGAUGAUACCACUGUUCCGGGUACUUGGGGUGACGACCAGUUAAUUGCCAACAGUAACAGCUGGCUGGUUGAAAUCCCCCCCACAAUUGCACCUGGGUACUAUGUACUGCGAAAUGAGAUUAUUGCACUUCAUUCGGCCGAGGCAGAAAAUGGGGCACAGAAUUACCCACAGUGUUUCAAUCUGCAAGUGACUGGCUCGGGGACAGAUCAACCAUCGGGAGUUUUGGGAACAGAACUCUACAGCCCAACUGACGCCGGAAUUUAUGUCAACAUUUAUUCAUCACUUUCAACGUAUGUGGUCCCGGGGCCAACCCUUUAUAGCGGCGCUGUUUCUGUUACACAAACGACAUCAAGCAUAACCGCAUCUGGUACUCCGACAACUGGAUCAAGUGGAAGUUCUGGUUCUGGAUCUGUAACUUCGUCCGCCAGCUCGUCGAGUACUACGUCCUCGUCGACACAAACAACUAGUCAACCGACGACACUCACGACACAGACAAGCACUACUUUGAAAACUAGUACUACAAGUACAACGACCUCCAGCACCACCACAGUGGCUAGCAAUAGCUCUACCCAAUCGGUAUAUGGGCAGUGUGGGGGAAGCAAUUGGACUGGGGCGACGGCUUGCAACACUGCGGCCACUUGUACUUCUAUGAACCCAUACUACUCACAAUGUGUCCCAACUGCUGCUUAG